AUAAUUACCCAGUAAUUGAUAAAAAAUGAGGGAGAUUCCUUUAUCGAGGUGCGAGAGGGAAUUCAUUAACAGUUCAGUCGAGCAGGGAAUAAGAUUGGAUGGUAGACAAUUGUUAGAAGCUCGAAAAGUGAAACUGCACUUCGGAGGGACCUGGGGGAGAUGUCUGGCAGCUCUCGGUCAGACCCAAGUCAUAGCAAAUGUCUCCUGCGAUAUCCAGCCUCCAAGAGUAUCAAGACCCAACGAGGGAAUGAUCCACAUAAACGUAGAGUUGACACCAUUAGCAGCUCCUUAUUUCGAAGCUGGAAGACAGUCGGAGACUGGAGUACUCCUCACUAGACAGUUGGAGAAGUGUUUCAAGGAUUCCAGGUGUAUUGACCUUGAGUCCCUGUGCAUCGUGGCUGACAAAAAGGUGUGGAACCUGCGGGUGGACAUUAAUGUGAUAAAUCACGAUGGGAAUCUCGUGGAUUGCGCUAGUAUUGCUACCCUAGCUGCUCUCCUUCAUUUCCACAGGCCUGACGUCACGUCAACCGGAGAUGAAAUUAUUAUCCACUCGUUUUCGGAGAAAGAUCCGCUACCUGUGACUUUGUUUCAUCAGCCGGUCUGUGUCUCAUUCACAACAUUCGAAAAUGGAACGACCAUCAUGGAUCCUUCGUUUGCUGAAGAAAGACUCGGGGUAACUCAAUUGACCCUCGGUAUGAACGCCUACAGAGAAAUCUGUUGUCUCCACUUCGAUCACACAACGAUCAGUAAAGUGUCCACUGACGUUUUGUCUUUAGUGAUGAAGGAUGCUGUGAGCCAUGCCACUCAAUUGGUGAGGCAAAUUAAGGAGACUGUAAAAAUUGAUGUGCAGGCGAGAUACAAAAAAGAAGAGGCAAAGGCCUUCAGGCUUCGAGAUGCCAUCGCCACCGACAAGAUCACGUCAAUGAUAACUGAGAGGAUACACAUAAGACUCUCCAAGUGGAAUUCUUCGACUAAGCAUAAAUACGAAGUCGAAGAGUCUUCGGAUAUCGAAAUGAAAGAGGAGGAUGUGCCUGAGAUCAAUCGAUUGGGCGAAGGUUCAGCGGAAUUAAUAAUCAGCGGCAAUCCGACGAUUGGAGAAGGUGGUAAAAAUACCUGGCACUCUUCGGACUCCUCGGAAAGUGAAAUGGAGGACGAAAGCUCCGAUGAAAUCGAAGUAAUCACAGUCGAGGAGAAAAAAAAGAACGUGUUAGAUAACAUAGAAUUGAGUGACAGUGAAGAGGAGACCACGUGCACAGUCUCAACGAGUGACUUACUCUGAUGAAAAAAUAUGCAAAG